AUGGAGAGCGAGUUGCAAAACACGUCGCGACCGGCCGCCGUUGUAGCUGCCCUGGAAAAGAAAAAGGUCGCAAGACAAUCGGACGAGAAACUGCUGAAACGGUCCGACAAGUAUGGCAAAAUUACGUGGGUAGAACUACCCACGCAAAAAGAACACUUCCCUCCACAAGCAACCAUAGCGCUCGUCGUCGACGUUCCCGAAAACAAAGGAGCAAUCAAGGUUUACGAAAGGAAGAACGACGAAUAUGUAGGCAUGGUGGGGAGUGCUUAUGCCAACUCUAUGGUCAUCAUCGAGUGGAACGAAGGAUGGUGGUUCAGGGUGGUUGGAUCUAUCAGAGUGGGAUAUAUCACCAACAAAGACGAUAGAUCUGAGGAAGGCCACGGCGGGCAGGUUGUGGAAGAGGAGGGCCACGGCGGGCAGGUUGCGGAAGAGGAAGGCCACAGCGGGAAACCCGAAGUUUAG